GUAUUCCUUAUUCGACGAUGCACGAACUGCACGUCCAAUCGCGGAAUGAGGAACUGGACACUCUCUUUAUCGUGUAUCGCUUCUCGAGGAAAAACUAGUAUACAGUUUUCUCACGCUCCUAAAAAUCUGACCCGUUAUAUUUCGCCACAUUUCACAAGGACGUUUUGUUCUAAACUUGAUAAUGACGCCUCAUUCGCCCAGGCAAAAGACAAAGCAGACGACUCACCGGCUGCGACUGAAGGAUCAAACGAACUUGGCAAGAUACAACCAAAGAAACUACAGCUUGUCUUCACAUGUAAGGUUUGUCGUACACGGAGUAUGAAAAUGAUUACAAAACAAGUAUAUGAGAAUGGCGUUGUCAUAGUAACGUGUCCUGGAUGCGGAAAACACCACCUAAUUGCUGACAACCUCGGUUGGUUCAGUGACUUAGACGGGAAAAGAAAUAUUGAAGAAAUUCUGGCUGCAAAGGGAGAAAAAGUUAAACGUGUUGCAUCGUCAGAUGAACUGUACGAACUGACUCCAGAGGAUAUCAUUGGUGAGGAUCAGUCGAGAGAGAUGGAACAACAAGUGAAUAAACUGAUGAAGGAACAAGAUGAAAGUGAAAAAAAAAAAAAAUGAAUUGACUUAUAAAAACACAAAUAUUGACAAAAACAUCAUUAUUUCGCGAGGUGCAACUAUAUUGACAUUGUUUCAUGUUCGAUGCAAGUCCCAUGUGAUGUAUUACGCACAUCUUUUGCACACAUUGCCCAAAACGAUUGUGCUGUCAAUUUUGUCACCAUUUAAAAAACUAGCAUGUAGGCAAUAGAAAAUAUUGUCUAUUUGGUUCAAAAUUAUCAAAAAAAGUUAUAGAAAAUACAGUCAUACCUGAGAGGCCUACCUUUGUUCCACCUGCCUAUAGUGACUUUUAGGCAUUCCCAAUACGUAUGAGCAGCCUGUGUAUA